AUGGCUUAUCCCGUGGAUUCGUGUAUUUCGAGAGCACCUCGGGAUGUCGAGUCGGUAGCACUGUUGAAGCAUACCUUGCUCUGGCGUCGGCCGGACUUUGAGGAACAGCCCGAAGAGAAAGAGGCGGCAGGCGUGACAAGCGCGACACCGAGGCGUGCGACAGUCUUGCCUGUUGUGGCCGGCAGAAGCUACAGUGACGAGCAGUUCCCUGCACACUGGGAUACGGCGGACAUCUUUGCCAGGUGCCACAGCGAGAGCAGUCGGGGUUCGCUGCGUCGAAGCUUCUACUCGCAGCCUUCAGAUGAGUUUGAUGACCCAGACGAACCGGAGCAGAGAUCUGGUAUGGAUGCUGCAGCAUCAGACACGACUGCUGAGUGGCCACCUGCGAAGACACCGAGUACUUUGAGUAAUGUUGCAGA